CUGAUCGCACUGAUCCUUUCGUGCAACGGAGAUGAGCUGCGUGCUCUCAUACGCGCAAAAACGAAGACAGCUGACAUCUGCAGGUUCUUGCUCCUGCCAAGCCUCAGAUCAUAUGCCGCAAGUAGGUUUGAUGAAAGGGGGGCAGCUGAGCUCAUCUUGGAAAUGGAGUUGGAGCUGGAGGCUGCAAAUGUACCUCUCCCAACCACUGAAAAUGCUCCUCCAAAGCGUGGGGAAGAAAGGGUCGAUGACAUACAAGAUGACGAGAACCAUUUGCAACGGUUUGCGUAUCUAAUACAGACGUCUGGCUUUCGUCAGAACAGAAUCGCACCAACGGGUCCAGGGUGGUCACCACUGACCAGAGCCGCAGCAAUGGGAGAUGUGGAAGCUGCUGAACGACUGAUUAGCGACGGAGCGCAAGUCAACAAAGCUGACAACUACGGCUUCUCCCCUUUGGUGUGGGCUCAGUGGCUUGCUCGAGGGGACAUGAUCCAUUUACUACUCGAAAGCGGGGCUCGCAGGAAGUUUCAAGAACGCACGGCGAGUCGGUACAGUUUCGCUUUGGCCCAGUUGUGGACAUUACCGAAGAUUGCCAAGAUCAGGACAGAUGGAGCAGACGCCAUACCUCCGAGCCAUCUGCGGCUAUUUGACAGGCUCGUCUCGGCCAUCAUUACGACUCGGCCUUGGUAUACUUGAUAUCUCCCGUGCGUCACCGGACGGGAGUUUGGCCAGGGAGUGACAGAGGAGAUCAUCUCAAGGCCAGACAUUGCGAUGCAAACUGUGUUUCUCGU